CCACCAUCAUCAUCAUGUCAACUCAUUUUUAUCACAAUUAAAUCUAGUAACUGGUCACUGGUAAUUGGUCGCUUUCGCUGCCUUUCGCAUGAUAAGUUACGCGUGUAUAUUUCACUGAGGUGAUUAUCAUAUGAUAUAUGUGGGGAAAUGGUGUAAUUUAACAACAAUGAGGAUUUUAGCAAGACUAACAAACAUCAUAGCCUUACGACGUAGACUUCCUGUUGCACAAUUCAGCACAAGUAGCAAGCGUCAUGCGCAGUUCAGCUAUACACAGGGCGCGGGGACAGUCCCACUCCGCGGCGUCACAGUGGGCCGCCUGCUGCAGGAACAGACGGAAAAGACGCCAGACAGGGAGGCUGUAGUGUUCCCCGCUGUCGGUGUUCGAAAAACCUUUGCACAACUGCUGGAAGAGAGUGACCGGUUGGCAGCGGGCCUGCUAUCCUUGGGUCUAAAAAAGGGGGACCGCCUCGGAAUCUGGGGACCAAACACGCCGGAGUGGGUUCUUGCUCAAUACGCCACGGCUAGGGCCGGUAUUAUUCUAGUGAAUAUCAAUCCGCUGUAUCGCAGCUUUGAGUUGGAGCAUGUACUUCAAAUGGUGGAGUGUAAAGCGAUUAUUUCUGACGUGCGUUUCAAGGACCAAGAUUACUACGACAUCCUGUUUCAACUUAUACCGGAAAUGGCUUCACAGAAACCGGGGAACCUCCGCAGUCAUAUCCUUCCAAGCCUCAAACAUGUGAUAAUGAUGGGGGACGAUGACCACCCUGGUACUUGGAAGUUUUCUGACGUCAUGUCGGCCGGAAGUGACGAACAGAGGCGUUCUAUAGUUGACUUGCAAGAUCGUCUGCAGUUUGACGAGGCCAUUAACAUUCAAUUUACGUCGGGCACCACUGGGUUUCCGAAGGGCGCAACAUUAUCACACCACAACAUCGUAAACAACGCCUACUUUACAGGCCAGAUUCUCGACUAUCACAACAGGGAGACCCGGAUCUGUAUCCCAGUACCACUUUACCACUGUUUCGGAAUGGUCAUAGGAAGCCUUAUGAUGCCAAACCAUGGAGCUACUUGUGUGUUCCCCAGCCCCGGAUUUGACCCCUCGACAGCCCUUAAAGCUGUACAGGAUGAAAGAUGCACGUCCCUGUACGGCGUCCCGACGAUGUUUAUCGACAUGUUGAACCACCCUGAGUUCCACAGUUUCGACCUGUCCACUCUAUACACGGGGGUGAUGGCGGGAUCGCCAUGCCCCAUAGAAACAAUGAGGCAGGUCAUAGCCAAGAUGCAUAUGGACCAAGUCACGGUAUGUUAUGGGACGACAGAAAACAGUCCCGUGACGUUCCAGAGUCAUCGAGAUGACGUCAUUGAGAAGCGUGUGUCCACCGUCGGUCACGCUCACCCCCAUGUCGAGGCAAAGAUCAUCGACGACAAUGGCGAAAUUGUUCCCACAGGAACCCCAGGGGAGCUGUGUACGAGAGGGUACAUUGUUAUGCUAGGAUACUGGGGUGACGAGGACAGGACAAAGGAGGCAAUUCUGCCUGACAGAUGGUACCUUACCGGCGAUCAGGCAGUUAUGGACGAAGACGGGUUUGUGCGCAUCACUGGGCGUAUCAAAGACAUGAUUAUCCGGGGUGGGGAAAACGUCUACCCCCUCGAGAUAGAACAGAUUCUCUACACUCACCCGAAAAUACAGGAUGUUCAGGUGGUCGGGGUGCCUGACAAGCGUCUUGGAGAGCAAAUAUGCGCCUGUGUGAUACUGAAGGACAAACAAACCGCUACAGAGGAGGAAAUUAAAGAGUUUUGCAAGGAAAAGGUCGCAAAGUUUAAGGUGCCCAAAUACGUCCAAUUUGUGAAGGAGUUUCCUUUGACCGUCACUGGCAAGGUGCAGAAAUUUAAAAUCAGGGAAGAGGCCACGAGAUCGUUGGGGCUCCUGCAUGUGACUUAACACGUGACAGAAAACACGUGACCGGAAAUACCACUUCUACAGUGAUGUCCAUGCCACGUGGUGUCUACUAAUGCAGUUUACAAUGUUAAAAUGCCUGUUUCUUUGACCGUGCUUGUAAUGUGGAUGCCUGUGUGACCUGUUUGAACGUUUGUGUCUUGUUACUUUAAGUUACAGUCGAAAUUCGUUGGCUCGAAGUCACUUGGCUCGAAAUCCUCGUUGGCUCGAACUGACUGUAAAGGGCCGAUUUCUUUAUACUGAAUUUCAGCAUUCUCGCUUUUCUCGAAAUUUCCUAGGCUUGAAGUAUUUCCUCGGGUCCUUGUUCGAGCCAACGGGGUUCGACUGUUUAGUUAAAUGACACGAAUUAAAAUCUAAAUGAUUAAGAAUCGGCGAAAUGGACGUAGCGAACGAGCCCUUCCUAAUCAUUAAGAUAUAGUUCAGGUUAUCUAACUGACCUAGAGUACAACCUUGUUGCCUGACAAAUUGUCAACGCAAUAUCUGACGCAGGGAAUGUGUAUGGGAUAUGUGGCAGCUGGCGGACCUUCAAAGAAAUUCUUAAUGAGUAAGCCUUGUACUUAAUGAUUGCCUAUCUGCAAAUUCACUGGUUCUUAAAUUAAUGUACGUUGUAUCAUAAGCAGGAUUUGUAUUGGAAUUUAUGACUACCGGACCUGUAACUGCAUUUUUAACUAUUUUUUAUAUAUGUGUGAAAGUUUUUUUUCCAUAUAUUACUUUGUAUUAAUAUACAUUAAUGUUUGUGAAAUUUACUACGAUCUCCAUGAGUUUAUCAGUCCCAAAAAACAUUGAAUUACUCGCAGCAUUAAACGUUUAUUUUACAGAUUUUAGAUUUAACAAGAAACGGUGUACACACUUUAUGUAAUGGUUAAAGGUUAUAAGAACGCAUUUACAUACCAAAUUUAAUUGGGACCCUCGUCCCAUUUAUUUGGUAAAUGCAUGCUUAUAACCAUUAACCAGCUUAGUGUUCGGAAUUAUAUUUUGUCUAACUGACCCAGCCUCUGUUUAAAUCUACUUACGGUUGACUACUGAUGUACCAAAAAAAUGCAUAUUUGGAAAAUACUGCUAUACAAUUAGACAACAUAUAAUUUCGAACACUUAAUGUUGUGUUUUUUGAUUGUUACUGUUUAUUGUUUGUAUAUGUACAUCAUUAUUAAAUUUUGUAAUGCGUGUUUUUGUGCGUACGAUGUUUGUAUGAUUUGUCAUGUAUGAUUUGAUUUCUGUUAUGACAAUCUUGAAACUUGACUGAUCUAUUUUACCACUUCACAUGCAAUAUAUUUUUUUCACAAUUUUUAUCUUUAAUUGCCAUAUUUUUGUCAUACAAAAUAAUCAAUUAUAUUAUAUUAGAAAACUUCAUCGUGUUGUUUUCUUCUUUAUCUGCAAAUGGCACGAUUACCAGUUCACAAAUUCUUUAAAAAAUAUGUCCUUUCAACCUUGUUUUAUCCCUAUAUCAAAGAUGUAUUUUUUUGUUGUAAUCAAAUGUGAAAUGUUUCUGAAAAAAAUGGAGAAAAAAAAAUGAAAUUCGUUAUGUACAUAAAAAACUAACAAGUAUACAUAGAAGAGAACAUAAGCAACAAUAAAAGUUUCUGUGGGCAACAUGGCCCUGUUGCAGUAAUAUAUGUAGACCUUACGCCACUGGCACCGGAUUUU